AUGCCCAGUGGCACAAGUUACCCUGAUACCCCAGAGAUCCUAAGGAACAACUACCCAUACACCCUAGUAAAACAGAGGUACAGGUACCCAGAAUCCCCAGGGGAACAGAGGUACAGGUACCCAGAAUCCCCAGCAGAACAGAGGUACAAUUACCCAGAAUCCCCAGCGGAACAGAGGUACAAUUACCCAGAAUCCCCAGCGGAACAGAGGUACAGGUACCCAGAAUCCCCAGGGAAACAGAGGUACAGGUACCCAGAAUCCCCAGGGAAACAGAGGUACAGGUACCCAGAAUCCCCAGGGAAACAGAGGUACAGGUACCCAGAAUCCCCAGGGAAACAGAGGUACAAUUACCCAGAAUCCCCAGGGGAACAGAGGUACAAUUACCCAGAAUCCCCAGCGGAACAGAGGUACAGGUACCCAGAAUCCCCAGCGGAACAGAGGUACAGGUACCCAGAAUCCCCAGGGAAACAGAGGUACAGGUACCCAGAAUCCCCAGGGAAACAGAGGUACAGGUACCCAGAAUCCCCAGGGAAACAGAGGUACAGGUACCCAGAAUCCCCAGGGAAACAGAGGUACAAUUACCCAGAAUCCCCAGCGGAACAGAGGCACAGGUACCCAGAAUCCCCAGGGAAACAGAGGUACAAUUACCCAGAAUCCCCAGCGGAACAGAGGCACAGGUACCCAGAAUCCCCAGUGGAACAGAGGCACAGGUACCCAGAAUCCCCAGCGGAACAGAGGUACAGGUACCCAGAAUCCCCAGGGGAACAGAGGUACAAUUACCCAGAAUCCCCAGUGGAACAGAGGUACAAUUACCCAGAAUCCCCAGUGGAACAGAGGUACAAUUACCCAGAAUCCCCAGGGGAACAGAGGUACAAUUACCCAGAAUCCCCAGGGGAACAGAGGUACAAUUACCCAGAAUCCCCAGGGGAACAGAGGUACAAUUACCCAGAAUCCCCAGGGGAACAGAGGUACAAUUACCCAGACUGCCCUGUGACUCGGGCUACAAUUACCCAGAAUCCUCAGUGCCUCAGAAGUGCAACUGCCCAAACUCCCUGCUGCCCCAGCAGUACAAUUACCCAGACUCCCCAGUGGCACGGAAGCCAAGGUCCCCCAGACACCCCAGAGUGGGAGGAGCCCCCGGUUCCCCCGUACUCACCCCGCUGCCUCCCCGGUGUCUCCCCGCAGCUCCGCUCCCUCACUGUCUCCGCCGGACUCGGCUCCUACUGA